AUGGAUGAAUGUAACAGAAGGAAUAUCUCGGAAGAAAAUCUAAUUUCAUCUUCAGGUUGCAAAACAGAAGCUGAUGACAUCACACAAGAUUCUCCUGGAGAAAACACUACUGCCCUACUUAUAUCUCCUGUACCUCACAAUGUGGCUGUGUCAUCUGGUCCCUCUAAUCAGAGCGAAUGUUUUUAUAACACUGAUAUUGGUGCAUCUGCUACAGCUCUGACAGUAGAUAAAAUAUUUCCCUGUUCUAUAGAUGACAGAUGUUUUAUACAGAACGCAAGUCUUGUUACCCAUCAGACAGCUAAGGGAGGUGAGAAACCAUUUCCGUGUUCUGAGUGUGGGAAGUGUUUUACACGGAAAUCAUGUCUUGUUAAACAUCAGAUUAGUCACACAGGUAGGAGGCCAUUUCCAUGCUCUGAGUGUGGGAAAUGUUUUACAGAUAAAUCAAAUCUUGUUACACAUCAGAGAAGUCACACAGGUGAGAAACCAUUUCCAUGUUCUGAGUGUGGGAAAAGUUUUACACGGAAAUCACUUCUUGUUCUACAUGAGAGAAUACAUACAGGUGAGAAACCAUUUCCAUGCUCACAUUGUGGGAAAUGUUUUACACAGAAGUCAGAUUUUGUUAGACAUGAGGGAUUACAUACAGGUGAGAAGCCAUUUCCAUGUUCUGAGUGUGGAAAAUGUGAGAAGCCAUUUCCUUGUUGUGAGUGUGGGAAAUGUUUUACACAGAAGUCAGAUUUUCUUAGACAUGAGAGAUUGCAUACAGGUGAGAAGCCAUUUCCAUGUUCUGAGUGUGGAAAAUGUUUUACACACAAGUCAGCUCUUAGAAUUCACACAGGUGAGAGGCCAUUUCCAUGCCAUGAGUGUGGGAAAUGUUUUACACUAAAAUCACUUCUUGUUCUACAUGAGAGAAUACAUACAGGUGAGAAGCCAUUUCCAUGCUUACAGUGUGGGAAAUGUUUUACAGAGAAAACAGCUCUUGGUAAACAUCUGAGAUGUCACACAGGUGAGAAACCAUUUCCAUGUUCUCAGUGUGAAAAAUGUUUUACACAGAAAGGACAUCUUGUUGCACAUCAGAGAAGUCACACAGGUGAGAAACCAUUUCCAUGCUCACAGUGUGAGAAAGGUUUUACAGAGAAAUCACAUCUUGUUAAACAUCAGCAAAGACACACAGGUGAGAAGCCAUUCUCAUGUUCUGAGUGUGGAAAAUGUUUUAGAGAUAAAUCAUCUGUUGUUAGACAUCAAAGACGUCACACAGAUGAGAAUGAGUAA